AUGCCUGCUCAGAGGAGAAGUUCACGACACAGCGACGCGUCAGAGCCUGACUUUGCUCUGCCGAAGGCGGAGGAGACCGACAUCGCAUUCGCGCCCACUGUCACACCGACGUCAUUCGAGAGCGCGCCGUCGGAAUGUUCACUUCCUGACACGGGCAUCUUCACCUUCGAGCAGGACGAGCUUCUUCCUCGCCGGUCCACCAACAGCAGGAAGAAAGCGCCUAAUCACAUCCCACGGCCGCCCAACGCCUUCAUCCUCUUCCGCUCCUCCUUCAUCAAGAGCCAGCACGUCUCUACAGGCGUGGAGACGAACCACAGCACGCUCUCGAAGAUCAUCGGCCUGACUUGGCAAAAUCUUCCCAACGAAGAGCGCCAGAAGUGGCAUGCGCUUGCGAAGGUCGCGCAGGACGAGCAUAAGCGCCGUUUCCCGCAGUAUGCUUUUCGACCCAUUCACAACAAGUCGAAAGGCGCUGCAGGGGAGAGAAAGAAGCUGCGGGAAGUCAGCCCCAAGGACAACAAGCGCUGUGCCAAGAUCGCAGAGCUGCUCGUUCGCGGCACGACGGGCCAGGAGCUCGAGGACGCCAUCCAUGAGUUCGACAAGCACCACGUCCCGGAGAUCGUUACGCGCUUUGAGACGCCGAUCACGGAGAAGACCUUUGAAACUGCGUCUUCGCCUUCCAGAUCCACGGGCAAGUCCGCUGAGAGCCCUUCAAGGCGACGCAGUUCUUCUGUCGAGUCCAAUAUCGAUGCCCAUCCGUGGACCGUCAGGUUCUCCCCGCCUCCGGGACCUCCACCUCAACUCUCACCAGUAGAAGAAGCUACGCCAACACCAACACCCACUCCUUCGUUUGAGACGCCUUCGUUCUACGCCAACCCACCUGCCAACCCACCACCUUCGUUUGAAUUCGACACAUUCGCUUUCUCCAUCGACCAACCUACCUCUCCAUUACAUGACGAGGGAUUGGCGCCGGCCGCCAUUCUCUCGGCGCCUUCAUUUAAUAACAUUAAUUCUCAGCCUCAAGACCCAUCACGGCUGUGCCGUAACUCCCAAUUUCCGGGCAUGGACGGCGGCUGGCCUCGCUCCUGCUCUCCCCUUUCCAACUCGACAGCAAGCAUGCCGACGACACCGAUGCAUAUGACGGUGCCUUUCCCUGAUCAAGGUUUCUGCCCUGGUCUCUUCGCCCCCAAGCCACCCUCCGACUACCCUUCCCUGGACGGAUCGUACACCGAUUUCACUCCCUAUCCUACGCAAUACGCCCCCGUAUCGGAGCAGGCGCUGUACAUCCAGGACAACGAUGGGAAGGAGCUUGGGAACGGCAUCGUUUCUAGUUACGUUCAGUCUGGCCCACCAGAAUUCGGUGAAAACCAAGUCCAGAUGUCUCAAGAGCCCCUGGAUUUCUCGAUGUUUAUGGCAUCGCUGCCGCCCUUCUCACUCUGA